UGCCUGUCACGCUGUCAGGAUGACGCGGUGCUGGAGGAUGCCGAGGCCGAGCUUACUGCUCUAGGUCCCCGAAUCUAGAUCCGUCUGGGGCCAGGGAUGGCGGACCCGGAUCCUGCUGCACACAUGGACGUGUCUGCUCUCCAGCAGCGGGUCGCCGAACUGGAGAGAAAUAAUGCAGAGUUUCUUCGGACUAAACAACAACUUGAACAGGAAUUUAAUCAGAAGAGAGCAAAAUUCAAAGAGUUGUACUUGGCAAAAGAAGUGGACCUAAAACGCCAGCAUGCUGCUGUACAGGCUGCCCAAGAAGAGAUCGCGCUGCUAAAUGUUCAACUAUCACAAGCACGGGCAGACAUUGAGAACAUCAAGGCAAUAGCCACUGUGUCGGAGACCACCAAGCAGGAAGCUAUUGAUGAAGUGAAGAAACAAUGGCAGGAAGAAGUUGCAUCCCUUCAAGCAAUCAUGAAAGAGACCAUACGUGACUACGAACUCCAGUUCCAUCAUCGGCUGGAGCAAGAGCGUGCUCAGUGGGGUCAGUACCGUGAAUCUGUCGAGAGAGAGAUUGCAGAGCUCAGGAGACGGCUGUCAGAAGGUCAACAAGAGGAGAAUCUAGAGAAUGAUAUGAAAAAGGCCCAGGAGGAUGCAGAGAAGCUUCGUUCAGUUGUAAUGCCCAUGGAGAAGGAGAUUGGGGCUUUGAAUGAAAAACUGACAGAAGCCGAGGAGAAAAUAAAAGAGCUGGAGGCAUCAAAGGUUAAAGAGAUGAAUCAUUAUCUUGAAGCUGAGAAGUCUUGUCGGACUGAUCUAGAAAUGUAUGUAGCAGUUCUUAAUACACAAAAAUCUGUACUCCAGGAAGAUGCUGAAAAAUUGAGGAAAGAACUACAUGAAGUUUGCCAUCUUCUGGAGGAGGAGAGGCAGCAGCACAACCAGCUGAAACAUACAUGGCAGAAAGCAAACGACCAGUUCCUGGAGUCUCAGCGACUGAUGAUGCAGGACAUGAAGCGCAUGGAAUCCGUCUUGACCACAGAGCAACUGCGUCAAGUAGAAGAGAGGAAGAGGAAAGACCAGCAUGAAGAUGAGCAACGAAUGAGAAGAAAAGAAAGGAAACAAAGAAGAGGGGCAGAGAAUCUGAAAUCACUAGGAGUAUCCUCCCAGGAUGAUUCCCUUCCAAACCUGCAAAAUAAAGAGGACCUUUUGAAUAGUACGCAUGGCUCAAUUCAUUCCUUAGAUGCAGACAUAGUCCUGCAUGAAGGGGAGUCUUUUAAACAAGAAGACUUAUUUAAAGAUGGACUUCGAAGAGCUCAGUCAACUGACAGCUUAGGGACUUCUGGGCCAUUGCAAGCAAAAACAUUGGGAUUUAACAACAAAGCAAAAUCAGCUGGAAACCUGGAGGAAUCUGAUUUUGGGCCACUGGUUGGAGCAGACUCUACAACUGAGAACUUUGACACUUCUUCCCUUGGAUCACUGCAAAUGCCAAGUGGAUUUAUGUUAACCAAAGAUCAAGAGAAAGCAAUAAAAGCCAUGACUCCUGAGCAAGAGGAAACCGCAUCUCUUCUCUCAAGUGUUACACAGAGCACUGAAUGUGCAUACGUCUCACCUUCUGGCUAUCGACUUGUGAGCGAGACAGAGUGGAAUUUAUUACAGAAAGAGGUACAGAAUGCUGGGAAUAAGCUGGGCAGACGCUGUGAUAUGUGCUCAAACUAUGAGAAGCAGCUGCAAGGGAUCCAGGGCCAGGAGGCAGAAACCAGAGAUCAAGUUAAGAAGCUGCAAAUGAUGCUCAGGCAAGCAAAUGACCAGCUGGAGAAGAGCUUGAAAGACAAGCAGGAGUUGGAGGAUUACAUGAAGCAAAACACAGAGGAUACCAGCGCCCAGAUAUCUACACUUGUGCUUAGAGCUCAGGAGUCUGAAACACAGCUCAGUGAAUUGCAACAGGCCUUCUCAGUGGCAAAAAGAAGUGUUCAGGAACAAAUGGCGGUAUUAAUGCAGUCUCGGGAGCAAGUAUCUGAAGAACUAAUCCGAUUACAGAAGGAUAAUGAGAGUCUACAAGGAAAGCAUGGGCUACAUGUUUCUCUUCAGCAAGCUGAGAAUUUUAUCUUACCAGAAACAGUCGAGGAUCUCCAUGAACUGGUCCUAAAGUACCGUGAACAUAUAGUGAGUGUUCAGACUGCGGCGGACCAUCUUGAAGAGAAGCUGAAGGCAGAAAUCCUUUUCUUAAAAGAACAGAUCCAAGCGGAGCAGUGUCAAAAAGAGAAUAUUGAAGAAACGCUUCAGAUUGAGAUUGAGAGUUGCAAAGAGGAAAUUGCAUCAAUUUCAAGUUUAAAAAUGGAACUGGACAGGGUAAAGGCAGAAAAAGAACAGUUAGAGGCAACUUUGCAAGAAAAAACACAGGAACUUCAAUCAGUCUUGGCACUCAAGAACUCUCUUGAAGAUCAGCUUAGGAAAGAGACUGCAAGCAAGGCAAGUUUAGAGCAGCUUUAUUUUGAAGAAAAGGACAAAGCUCAGCGGCUACAGACCGAGCUGGACGUGAGUGAGCAAGUACAGAGAGACUUUGUAAAGCUGUCUCAGACCCUGCAGGUGCAGUUGGAACGGAUUCGGCAGACUGAGACUUUAGAGGCGAUUCGUGCAAUCCUAAAUGAUACAAACCUGACUGACAUUAACCAGCUUCCUGAGACAUGACCCCUCUCUGAUCAUAACACAGGGACUUGAGGCUGCAAAUGAGUUUUUUUUUGUUUUGUAAAGGAAAAACUCGGGUUUCUAGUAACAUUAAUAAUUAUUUAACUCCUAUUCGAGAUCAGAGGGCGGAGGAUAUGUGUAAAGGAGCAGUCAAUGAGAACACUUUAUAAGGGAAAAAAAUUCUUUGUGUAGGUAGACGGGUCAUGCAAAGAAACAAGUAUCAUAUAUGUUGGGAACACUAACAAAACACAUUGUAUCUUUCUAAAAGGAGUUUUGCCUCAAUUAAAAACAAAACAAAAGUUUUACAGGUAGAAAGCACGCAGCAUGAAAUGGUACUAGGUAAGGAGUUAGUUAAAACUUUUAUCUUAAACAGUCCAUCUGUUAACAUGGCAAAAGAGGCUUUAUUUUAUGUUUUGGCAAACUGAAUUCAUUUUAGAAGCCCUAAUAUUCGCUGUACUCUGAGGCAGACUUAUUUAUAUAAUGUUUAUAGAGACACCAGUAUAACACGCUUCCCAUUGCAUGCGAUACAUUUCAGAAGAUCCCCCCUCUGUCAGUUUUUUGCCUUUGAGAUAAAUGUGUAUGUUCCCUCUGUAACAUUCGGAUUUUGCCCCGAGAAAGUAUUUUACUUCUCUGGAUUUAUCAACCAUUAAUAAACUAGUGCAAAGUAGGUCCAUGGUCGAAGAGGUGCCGCUAAGCUACAGUGGGACAAGGGUUCUAGGUAGUUCAGUGAGCUAUUCACAUGGACAGAAACUCCUAGGUCAUGGACAGCUCACGUUUGCUUAAGACAUCAUAUGUUGUACAAAUAAACAUAACAAACUUUGCAAAUGUGAUAUAAU